UAAAAAUGUGAUAUUAAUAUGGUUGUGGAAUUAUUUGGAAUUUCAAGUAUUUGUAAACAAAGUUAAAAUUUUAAUUUUGGAAAUAACAUAGUAUUUAUGUACUCAGGUCGUGUAUUAAUAACUAUAAUUUCAAGAUAGAUUAAUUUUAAAUUUUUUACAUCUACGAACCGAUUGGCGUCUGACAUAAAUUGUAAGGGUUUUCUGGGAACUAAUUUUACAAAGUAACCAUCUAGAAGUUCAUUGCGUGUUGGACCGUGCUACACGAUGUCGCGCAACGAUGAUAAAGUCAACAGUGACGAUAAUUCAGUUGCUGUUAAUGCAGUUUCAAACUCCGGCAACGACAGCACGAUGAAUAAACCAAACACAAAAACAGCUAAUACAGCGAAAAGUACUUUUAACAAUUGGGCGAAUAAUUCAAAAAUGAACGAAUCUUGUGAAAUCCGAAAAAAUAUGGUAUCAAAAGCAACAGAAUUUUUGAUAGAUGAAACAGUACAAAAAAUGCCAGUUGAUAAAAAAGUCAACUUCUUACGUAAAAAAGGAUUAACUGACUAUGAGAUACAAACAUCAAUUCAGAGAGCAGCAGUGAUCUAUAAUGAUAAUCAAAAUAAACAAAACUUACCACCUGUUCAUUAUAAUUCAUCAAAUGCUUCCGGUGUUAUACAAACAUCAUUUGAAUCACAAAGCUGGUAUAGUCGUCUUUUUGGACCAAUAGCUUUUGCUGCUGCUGUUGUAUAUGUUGGCUAUAAGUUGUAUAAAAAAUAUAUAGAAAGCUGGCUUUUUGGGGCUCAAAAAUCUCCAUUGGAAAAACGUUUUGAAGCCUUAGAGUUGUCGAUGCAAAGGUGCAUAAUAAUGUUAGAAGAAAAAAACAAUUCAUACAAAUUAUCAAAUGAAUGUUUUGAACAGCAAAAUGAAUACAAUAAUAAAGUUCGUGCUGAACUUAAGUCUAUUAAAAGUUUACUUCUUAAUAGAUUUCAAUUUCCUCCUGCUCCCGCAUCGUCCAGUAUACCAGAAUGGCAGCUAUUAAAAAAUACCAAACCAAAAGUAGAAGAAAAAAACAAAACCAAUAGCAGUGACUUACUAAAUUCAUUACAAACAAGUGAAAAGAAUAUACUAAAUGAGACUCAAAACAGUCUUGUAGUUGGUGCUCAAUCAAAUGGUCUACCAAUAGGUAGUGAUAACAAUAAAGAUUGCAUGACAAUUAACUCUAUGUCUAACGAUACAUCACUACCAACAAGUCCUAACCCAAGUAGAGAUGUGGAUAAUAAAAAUGAUAGUAAACACAUUGAGAAUAAUGAAGGUAUACAUCAUUAACGAGAAAUAUAUGAAUGUGAAAAAUAUAUUUUUUAACUAAUUUUCAACCUUUGAGUAUGAACAUCAUUAUAAAUCAGAUAAUUAAAAAAUAUUUUUAAGUUCAACUUUUUUUUUUUUUUUAUUGGGUUUUGUUAUUGGUUUAUCACUUGCUUAUGUGCUUAUGUGUAUUUAAGAUCUAAAUAAAAAUGGGUUUUUUUUU